AUGACAAAGAUACCAAGUGAUGGGAGGCUGAUGAAUGCAAUUGAUGUCUAUGUGAGACGAAUAAUCAGGGUCUUCCAGGUCAAGGGGCGUGAGUCCUUCGUGGCUUUAUGUAGUUGCGUCCUGGUGGUGUUGCCGGGUAUGACGGACAGGGGUUUGGUGCCAGGAGACACUGACAAGGAAGCAGUCACCGAGCCUAGAGCUGGCUUUUGGUCUCUCGGCCGGGGCGGUCAUCCUCGGGCUUACUGCAUGAUCAAUCCAAUUAGGGACGAAAUUCCCCAGACAGGCCAACGGCAUAGACGUCAUGGAAACCAAACUCUCUCUCCGCAGCUUCCAAUCGCGGGAAAAGCGUGGGGGGAAAGACAUCCUGAAACCCGAAACCCCAGAUGCAUACGAGGAACGCUGGCUAUAGAGACCGUCUAUUAUCAGAUCCCCGCUACUAGAACCGCAUUAAGUCGGCCCAGCCCCAGCUUGCAGUGCCUGGUUCGUGUUGGCAAAGAGGGGUUGAUUGUUCCGAUGGAAGAAGCAGCAGCAAUGAAGGCAGGUAGCAGAAGCAUGCUUGCGGAUAGAUCUGCUGCCACGGCAGAUUUCAACGAUCGUUGCAUCGCAUCCCUUUGUCUCACCCCAAGUUCAAGAAUGUUCUUUAGUUUCCUCCGCGUUACUAUGCUGUUAGUUCCUAUACCUCAAACUCUUCGUGCUCUGCCGAACCCUGUCACUGGCUGGCCUCAGCCGAUUUCGCAGCUUCCCGGUGGUUCAAUGGUAUUCCCAUUGAGUGGUGGCGAAAGGGCAGAUGGAAGGUUGAAAAAGCCCAGUUGUGGAUGGGCUGAUCGAGUACCUCCGGGGCACCCACCUGACCACAGGCUCAUCUUAACCUCUUUCGGAGGAGUUCUUAGCAAUGGAUCCAUAUCAUGGUACAAAUGCCCUGAUCAGCCGACCCAUUAUGGAUGGGAUGCCAGCACGCCAGGAUUUGCUAGACAAGAACGGGUGAUUGCUAUUUACCCCAGUCUUGGACAUGCUUUACUUGCAGCUUGGGUAAAUCUACUUGUUGCAUCGGGGCUAUCAUCUACUCCCAUUGCAGCACCGGCUGAGUCUUGA